GUGUGAUGUGUGGAUGAGGAGGAGGAGGAAGGCUGGAGGAGGUUGGGCCAGCCAGCGGAAUGCUACGUGUCUUGAAAGACCUUUUUUUUUUAAAGCACCAGCCUCCUCCUUGUCAUCGUCUUCCGUGACUGGAGCCAACUCAAAAUCGGUCGACGUUCCGAGCGGAGCACCUCCAUCGAGCGAGCCCGGUGUCCUACAGCCUGUCGGCGGGUCGCCUUCGUGGAAAUGUCCGGAGUGAAGAAGCCUCGCACGGACCUGAACAGGUCUACCAAUGUGGUCUACCAGGCCCACCAUGUCAGUCGGAGCAAGAGAGGGCAGGUUAUGGGCACCAGGGCAGGAUUCAGAGGAUGUACUAUCUGGCUCACAGGUUUGUCCGGGGCGGGAAAAACCACCAUCAGUUUCGCCCUGGAAGAGUUCCUCGUGUCCCAUGCCAUCCCCUGCUACUCUCUGGACGGGGACAACAUUCGCCAAGGCCUCAACAAGAAUUUGGGGUUUUCCGCCGUGGACCGCGAGGAGAACAUCCGUCGCAUAGCUGAGGUGGCGAGGCUGUUUGCGGACGCCGGGCUCGUGUGCAUCACCAGCUUCAUCUCUCCCUUCGCCAAGGAUCGUACCGAGGCCAGGAAAAUACACGCCAGCGCCGGGUUGCCGUUUUUCGAGAUCUUCAUCCACGCUCCCCUGGAGGUGUGCGAGAGCAGGGACGUGAAAGGCCUCUACAAGAAAGCCCGAGCCGGGGAGAUCAAAGGCUUCACGGGGAUCGAUUCGGACUAUGAGCGUCCCGAGGCGCCGGAGAUGGUGCUGAAAACCGGGCAGCUGUCGGUGAACGAAUGCCUCCAACAGGUGCUGGAGAUGCUCCGCGAGCAGAACAUUGUGCCGAGUGAGAUCAUGGAGGAGGUGAAUGAACUGUUUGUUCCGGAGAACAAGCUGAAUCUGGCUGUGGCGGAUGCGAGCACGCUGCCCACCAUCAGCAUCACCAAGUUGGACUUGCAGUGGGUGCAGGUUUUGGCCGAGGGCUGGGCGAGUCCUCUGAAGGGCUUCAUGAGAGAGCGAGAGUUCCUCCAAGUCUUGCACUUUGGCAACCUGUUGGACGGUGGCGCCAUCAACAUGUCCGUCCCCAUCGUCCUGCCCGUCAGCGUCGAGACCAAGCAAGAACUGGACGGCUGUGCCGCGGUAGCUCUGGAGUACAAGGGCACCCGUGUGGCAAUCCUGAGGAACCCGGAGUUCUUCGAGCACCGCAAGGAAGAACGCUGUGCGAGACAGUGGGGAACUGUGUGUCCACAACACCCUUACAUCAAGAUGGUGAUGGAGGGCGGUGACUGGCUGGUGGGCGGCGACCUGGAGGUGCUGGAGCCCAUCAAGUGGAACGACGGCCUGGACCAGUACCGCUUCACUCCGCGGGAGCUCAAGCAGAAGUUCAAAGACAUGAAAGCAGAUGCAGUAUUUGCAUUUCAGCUGCGCAACCCGGUCCACAACGGCCACGCCCUGCUGAUGCAGGACACCAAGCGCCGUCUGCUGGGGCGAGGCUACAAGAACCCGGUCCUCCUGCUGCACCCGCUCGGCGGCUGGACCAAAGACGACGACGUGCCCCUGGACUGGCGCAUGAGGCAGCACGCCGCCGUGCUGGACCAAGGCGUCCUGGACGCCGCCAGCACCGUGGUCGCCGUCUUCCCCUCGCCGAUGAUGUACGCCGGACCCACAGAGGUGCAGUGGCACUGCAGGGCCCGCAUGGUCGCCGGGGCCAACUUCUACAUCGUGGGCCGGGACCCGGCGGGCAUGCCUCACCCGCAGACUAAGCAGGACCUUUAUGAACCCACACACGGGGGCAAGGUCCUCACCAUGGCUCCAGGUCUCACCUCUGUGGAGAUCAUCCCCUUCAGGGUGGCUGCCUACAACAAGUCCAAGAAGGCGAUGGACUUUUAUGACCCGGAGUGUCAUGCUGACUUUGAGUUCAUCUCCGGAACCAAGAUGAGGAACUUGGCCCGCAGCGGAGACAACCCGCCGGAUGGUUUCAUGGCCCCCAAGGCCUGGAAGGUUCUGGUGGACUACUACAACUCCCUGCACAAGGACAAGUAAAUGGGCUGCUAAAGGAUAACGUGGAGUGCUGAAUUGAGGUGACUCGGGUCACUAAGUGAGGUGGGUGUCGGGGGAAACUUUUUUGCCAAAUCCAAAUACUUUGAAGCAUUUCUGCAUUCCUUUCUGAAAAUUGUGCGAGUUAUGAAUCCACGGCAGUUUAUUACACUUAGUCGGAGGCAGCGCACUUACCUUAGCAGUUUAUUACACUUAGUCUAAGGCCGCGCACUUACCUUAGCGCGGUUGUUCCACCUAGGAACGCUGCGUGGGAAUAUGUCUUUUUAUGCAUCGGAAGUAACUAGAAAUAAGAAUUUAAUGUAUAUUUUUAACUUGCUAUUUGGGGGAUGUUGAUGUACUUUCUGAAGGAUACGCUUCAUUUCAUGAUUUUAAGACUUGUUUGCCUUAACAAUGCCAUCACUACCUUAAGUGCCGAAACCUUUUCAUACGUGUGUGUGAACGCCUUUCAACAAGUCGUGUGAGUACAGCAUACAUCAGGUGCUUGUUUGGCAUAUUUGACACAAAAUAAAACCUCUCGUCUCAACAA